GGUUCAGAGGUUUUAGCUUUUUCAUUUUACCAACUAAUUACUACUACUACUACUAUCUGCUUUUUUGGUUCCGUGCUCUUAGGGUUUUAAAGAGGGGUUUUCUCUCUCUACAAAUUUCACUUUCUCUCUCUGAAUCCACUUGGGGAAGGAGAAGAAAGGACCAUGGAUAGAUACACCAGGGUCGAAAAACCAAAGCCUGAGUCGCCGAUAAACGAGAACGAGAUCCGAAUCACCUCAGGUGGUCCUGUUAGAAACUAUAUCAGCUAUGCUACUUCCCUUCUUCAGGAGAAACAGGCAAGAGAGAUUGUCUUGAAAGCAAUGGGGCAGGCAAUCAGCAAGACAGUAUCCAUUGCAGAGGGUAUAAAGAGAAGAAAUCCCCGUUUGCAUCAAGAUACUGCCAUAAGUUCAGUAAGCAUAACUGAUGUUUGGGAACCCAUUGAAGAGGGCCUUUUACCAGUGGAACAGACUCGCCAAGUCUCAAUGAUUACAAUCACCUUAUCCUUUAAAGAGCUGAACAUAAAUUCUCCGGGGUAUCAAGCUCCACUUUCUGUGGAACAGCCAAAGGUACAGUAUCAGCAGCUGCAGCAGCAGCAACCCAGACAGUUGCAUGGUCCAUAUAAUGCUGUUCGGGAGGAUUCAUAUGGCCGAGGACGUGGUCGUGGUAGAGGGAGAGGGCGGAGCUGGGGCAGGGGUGGAUAUGGAUAUGGAAACUAUCAAGGAAACUAUCAGGGCAACUAUCAAGGGAACUACCAGGGCAACUAUCAAGGGAACUAUCAAGAAAAUGGUGGUUAUUCAAAUAGGGGCCGUGGUGGUGGGCGAGGCAGAAGUUGGGGUUAUCGGGGUGCUGGGUAUGAAAGAGGUAGAGGUGGAGGAGGCAGAGGUUAUGGCCGUGGUCGUGGAAGGAUGGGUGGUCGAUCAAGGGGUGGUGGUGGAAACCAGGGUUAAGUAGGGAACGGGUACUCUUUUUGCUUUAGCUAAAUGCUUGCCUUGGCCAGUGGGCAAAAUUUUAUCCUGAAACAUUGUUUUUAGUAGCAUGAAAUGUGGGUUAUCCUGAGCAAAUGGUUUGUGUUUGAUUUUCUUCAUCAUAUGGAUGUGGGCAAGGUUUUUCUGUUCAUUUUUUUGCAUUUAGUCAAUAGCAAGAGGAGGCUUACGAAUGGUGUAAUUUAUUUUUACCACUGUGGUUGCACUUUCUAUGUUCAUAUUUGGUUAUCAUAUUUCUUUAUUCCUUCUCAAA